AUGCAUCGAUCGCUUGUUACACUGUUCCUCGUCAAGAGACGAUCUGAAAUUGUGUCCUUUGCUGAUUUGUAUGAUGUGUCGACUCUACUAUUUGGUCCUGUGAUUUUGCGGCAACAGUCGCGAAUGAGACUUUUAUUAUUGUCGUUGAAUUACUCGGAUUACGCUGGAGAGACAGCAGGCAGUGGUCAAGUCAUUUCUUCGAAAGCUAUUCCAAUUGGCCUCUUUCAUAGAGAAGUACAUAAAUCACCUGUCCAUACGCAAGAAAGUCAGUUACGACGAGUUGGUAAAGCAAGUAUAUGUUUGCUAAAAUUCUUAUCGACUGCGUUAAUGCAAAAUAGAAUUUAA